CCAUGGCCUCGCCGCCCCCGGGGGACCGCCUGCCCGGACCCGCCGCCAUGAGGCUGCACUCCAGGAUGGAGGCGUCCUGCCUCGAGCUGGCGCUUGAAGGGGAGCGUCUGUGCAAGGCUGGAGACUUCAAAGCCGGGGCAGCCUUCUUCGAGGCAGCUGUGCAGGUGGGGACGGAGGACCUGAAGACUCUCAGUGCCAUCUACAGCCAGCUGGGCAAUGCCUACUUCUACCUAAAGGAGUAUUCAAAAGCCCUGGAGUACCACAAGCACGACCUCACACUAGCCAGAACCAUCGGGGACCGGAUCGGAGAGGCCAAGGCCAGCGGCAACCUCGGGAACACAUUGAAAAUCCUCGGGCAGUUUGAUGAAGCUAUCGUGUGCUGCCAGAGACACCUGGAUAUAUCUCAGGAGCAGGGAGACAAGGUAGGGGAAGCCCGAGCGCUGUAUAACAUUGGCAACGUUUACCAUGCCAAAGGGAAGCAGCUGUCUUGGAGCGGGGCCCAAGACCCAGGCUACUUGCCUGAGGAAGUCAAGGAGACGCUCCAGAAAGCUUCAGAGUAUUAUGAGAAAACCCUCCAGCUGUCCAGGCAAUUGAAAGACCAAGCGGUAGAAGCUCAGGCUUGCUACAGCCUUGGAAACACCUACACGCUGCUCCAGGAGUACGAGAGAGCCAUCGAGUACCAUCUAAAGCACCUGCUGAUUGCACAGGAGCUGGGCGACAGAGUGGGAGAAGGAAGAGCCUGCUGGAGUCUCGGAAAUGCCUACAUCUCCCUGGGGAACCACGAGCAAGCCCUGCACUUUGCACAGAAACAUCUUGCAAUAUCCCAAGAGAUCGGGGACUGGAACGGGGAGCUGACGGCUCGCAUGAACAUGGCCCAGCUGAAGACCGCCCUUGGCAUGGUGCUGGGCGACGAGGAUGGAGACUGCGCCCAUCACUACACUGGCUAUGAAGCGCAAGGAGCCAGGCCUAAAAGGAUCCAGAGGAGCAGCAUGGACAGCUUGGACCUCUUGAAGUUCCCCUCUGAAAAGGAGCAGAACGGAGACAGCCACCACAUGGGUGACCUGAAGCUGGCGGGAAAGGACUUCUUGCCCCUGCCUGUGAGAUCCAAGAGGUACCGGGAGAACCAGCCCAGUUCGGAGAGGAAAUCCCAGGAGUCCAGCACGUCCCCCCUGGAUACCAGAGAUGUCCGAGUCCACGUGUCUCAGUCGAAGAUCCCGCGGACGCCGUCGGACGAGGAUUGUUUCUUUGACCUGCUGAGCAAGUUCCAGAGCAACCGAAUGGACGACCAGCGCUGCCCGCUCGAGGAGAGCCAAACUGAGGCCGCCGAGGCUGCUGCUACCCCCGUGCCCGCCUUGGAAGAAAGAAUAUCGCAGUCCUCUCUCAUGGCAUCCCCGCAGACGGAGGAGUUCUUCGACCUCAUCGCCAGCUCGCAGAGCCGCCGGCUGGACGACCAGCGUGCCAGCGUGGGCAACCUGCCCGGCCUCCGCAUCACGCACAACAACCUGGGGCACCUGCGCGUGGAGGGCGAUGCCCAGGAGCCGGGGGAUGACUUCUUCAACAUGCUCAUGAAGUGCCAGUCGUCCCGCAUCGAUGACCAGCGCUGCGCCCCGCCGGACACCAUCCCCCGUGGCCCCACCAUGCCGGACGAAGAUUUCUUCAGCCUCAUCCAGCGGGUCCAGGCCAAGCGCAUGGACGAGCAGCGGGUGGAUCUGGCCACAGCCCAGGAGGAGGCGGUACCCGAGGAGCUGCAGCCGCAGCCGCAGCCUCCGCCGCCGCCCAGCUCCAGCUAAGAGCCUGGGCUGGGUGGGUCCCGUCCCCUCCCCGUGUCGUCUGUCCAAAAACUGAGGGUGCCUGCUCUGGCACGGACGUUGCCUCGGAGACGCUGGGGCGGGAGGGCCUGGAGGGUCCUCGGAGGCAGCGAUGCUGGCACAGGCCAGCGGAGAGGGGUUUUAGCAGAGGCUUUUCUUAGGCAACCCAGGACUGUGCUGCUGCUGAGGCACUGUCCACCAGCCGGCGUGGAGCACCAGGGCAUUGCGUCGGUGGAUGGAGAGGAGCCGCAAGGGGCCAGGUCUUAGAAGAGAUAUCCAGCUUGCUCGGCCCCUCGUGAGCGUGCUCCAGGCUGGAGGUGCUGUCUGCAGCCCCUCGCUUUCCUUACUUUGGGAUCCUUCCUCUUCCCCUCCUGGCGUGUGCGUGAGGGAUGUGGAGCCGUCCCUGCCCCGUGACAGCAUGGGGCGCAUGGGCAGAGGUCCAGUCCCUAUGGCCACGGCUGUCCGGCGCCAUGCACAGCUCCCUUGGCACAAAUUGAGACCCGUUCAGCCAGGGGAGAGCUUGUGCGUGCCGUUCCCAUAGCCCGUGCCAUCUCUAAGCUGCCCGUAGAGAGCGGCCCAGCCAGAGACAUGAGUUAUUCCCCCAGACGAGGCCCUGCCACCUGUGCAGUGCUGUUGCUGCAGGGGCAGACUACAGGAGCCUGGCUGGAGGCCGUGUCUCCCAGCUGGGGCCAGUGUGACCAGCAAGAGGGGUGCCGAGGGGUGCCAGGUAGCAGGGGCCAAAGCCUGCUGUGCAGCACCCUGCGCUUCAACACCAGUCUGUCCAGCAUGACCUGAGCCUUGUGCAUUCACCAGCAAAAGAGCCAGGCAACCCUUCUGCUGCCGGGGUAGCUGAAGCCCUUGCCUAGGGCAGGCACGUGCCAGGCCGUGCCUCGGCUGGUGCUCAGCACCGCACGGACCCCGGGGCGUUUCUGGCUGGCUCCAGCAGGAGCUGUUUGCCGCCCGUCUCCUCCUCCGCUGGUCUUUUAAAGCCCCCCACCCAGCUAUGCCAGACAAUCAGGAGAAGCCGUCCCCUUUCUGUCGGCCGAGAGCGGUCUGCAGGGCGCAGGGGGUCUCCUUUUCUAGCCCUGGGGAUCUUACGCAAAGGGCAGGUCAGGUCUGAGCAGCAGCAGGAGGGUUGAGGUCCCUGCUGCGUUUCAGCCCUUCUGGGCCAGCCCAAGCUGGGAGCUCAGACUUGGAGGUCCAGCCUGAGCGUCAGGCCCCAGAUCUGUCUGUGUAGGAAAAAAACAAGGGGAAGAGUAAAAAUGACAGGCCAGGGCCAGCCUCGCCUUAGAGGAAGAACCUGCCGCUAGCCUCUUGGCAAACCCCCAACUUUUGGCUCCUGCGGUUUUGCCAACAGUUUCAUAAGGAAGAAUCCUCUCCUCCAAACUAACCUGUCCGUGAAAAAUGUCAGCGUGGCUAGAUGGGCAUGGCUGGCAAGAGGUGCGAGGAAAACUCCCACCCAGCAGCGAGGCAGGGGGCUCUUUGCAUCCCCCCCAGAUCAGCCAGGACGGCGCGUCUAAAGCAGCCGGGCAUUUAGCCUAAAUGAGGUCCUGUCUGGAGGGGUGGGGGAAGACCGAGAAGUGAGAGGUAAGGUAAUAAUAGCUGAUCUGCUACCGGAUCUGUUAGAGUUGGGAGUGACGGGAGACAAGUGUUCAGGCACAGAAAUGCCCUUGCUCAGGUCUGGGACGGAACGAGCUUUCCCCUUGAAGCCCAUUUUAUUAACGACAGUCAAAAUUGGAAGUGAUGGUUGGUGACAACUCCUUCCUGAGCACUUUGCCUGGCUCGACUGGCUCCCCGUCCCAAGGCACCGCUUCUUGAGAGAGCGGUUGCUCUCGUGGUACCUAACGGUGCAGAUGGAGAUGACCCUGACCACAGCCAAAGCACCUCGGGCUGCCGUCCCACCACUGACCAGAAGCGACAACCUUUGACUACGUCUCCCCACGGACAGAACUGUGCCUUCGUCUGAUUUAGGAGGAAAGUGGGUUUGUAACAGCAAAAUCCCCAGCAGACAACCACCCCUGCAGCCUGUUCCCUUUGGGAAGAAAGGCCGUGCAGCCCAACAAAGCAGUGAUCAGGCGGGAGUUGCAGUUACCCCCGGCUGCAAGGGACUCAUCGGCAAGGCGAACGGGCAUCGCGUUGACUCCAGGAAGACCCUCCUCACCCUUGAAAUCUGCUCCCGCCAUAGCAGAUGAGGGAGCCCUAGCAGACCCACCACAUCCAGCCGCGGUGCCCUCAGCAGCGAGCGACCGGGAUUCAUAGAAACCUCCUUCAAACCACGUUAUGCAAAGAGCUGGCUUUCUGCAAGACACAAGAGACCUCUGCUGAAUGUGCUCGCCUUCAUCCAACCACGACACUUCGGCUCACUUCUUUGAAUGGAAACCCUGCACCAACCCCCAGCUACCACUGACUGCACGCCCCUGCGUUUCCUCGACUGGAGGAAGAAGAGAUCUAGUGAUUCCAGCUGACGCUCGAUGAGCCCGGCAAGGUUGUGCUCUUGGUCUACACUGCUCAACAAAAGAGUUGCUACUGACAAAGACCCUGCCUAAAUACCAAGCGCAGAACCUGCCAGUGCAGAUCUACCACCGUCCUGACCCAUAAAGCCACCCGAAUCCACGGUGCUUCAACACGUCGAUCACAAACAGCGCCGAGGGCCUUCGUGGAAAGUGUGUGGGUGCAACUUGAUCACCCCCGCCUCCAGAACAAGCUCCCAGGAAAGGGACGUGGCAAUUGUGUCCGUGGUGGGAGAGCACAGCCCACAGCAGCCACAACUCCACCUCCUACCUCCAGUCCUUGUCCUCCAAGGAAACCCGCACAACGCCUUUGGAAACGAGUCUGGGAGCAGAAAUGUUCAUCAGCCGCGGACGCGAGACAGGCGGUUGUGCGGUUCGUCAGGACUUCCCCGCUCCGUCCUCCGAGGUCACCGUGCUCCGCAGCCGGUUAAGAGCUCUGUAAAUGAACAGGACCCAAGGGGGAUGAAGGGCGUCUGCUGUAGCAACCUGUUACUGCUCCGAUCACUUAAAUCAGAAGCAGGCGGCACGUUUCUGCCUCCUCGGAGAGACAAUGAACACAACGGGGCUGAAGUUGAGCUCAGGCAGAGCUGCUGCUUUCCCAGACCAGAGCAAGGGCCUGUGCAUGUCCCGGGCACGUGUUGCAUCUCUCCCAACAGUAAAACUGAUCCAAUAGCAGAUGUUACCUCCCCUCACAAGGCUUGCUGGAGACUCGCCUUCCCCCGACGAGACCUGCAGAAAACGCCUGCAGGCUGGCGUGGACGAUUGAGCCAUACCGCAGGACCAGCUAAACCCGGCCCGCCAGUCCACGUAGGUACCGAACUACGUUGCGUUCGCCAGGGGCCGGGAGGGUCCAACAACGCGGCCCGAUGUGGCCGGGGGUAGCCCUCCCUCCCCACGUCCACACAGCUCCAGCCCCAGAGGUGAACUGGAAGCCGUUCCUCUGCUCCCAGCAGUGUUAAUGAUUCGCCAUAUACUUGAAUGUAUUAGCGUAUUUAUUUUUUACAUGUGCAUUUGCUAAUGUCAUUUUAACGGGGAGUUUCCAACCCAGAAGGUACUUCAGUUUUUGUUUUUUACUGGGGUGGUGGGGGAGGGAACAAAAGCAAGCUGCCAAAUGAAGUAAUAUAUAGAAAUCAACACCACGGGGGUGGGGAGGAGUUGUGCUUAAUAAAUAGUUGUGGUUCAAGCUUCUUCAGGGUUGCUCUCGUGUUUUGGUCCCUCUCGGGUUCACCAGCCUCAGCCUGCUGGGCUGGAGCAGGUGCCUUGGCCAGGCUGCAGGGAGCCAGGGGCCGGCUCGGGCCAGUGGGACCCCAAAGCCCUAAGAAAAGCUACGGCAUUUAAACAGCUGGUUAAGGGGACACGUUGGCCCUUGCCCUGACUCCAGGCCUCUGCCUGCCAAUGCAGGUCUCAGGGAAACAGUUCUUGCCUCCAAGGGGUCGGCAAAGGCUGUCGAAGGAAGUCUCAGUCCCAGGGGCAGACAAGGAGCUGGAAGAGAGCCCCAGGGGCAGAGAAGCAGCCCAUGAGCCUGCUUCAAAGAGAGAGAGUCCCCCAGGGAGCCCGAGUCCUUGAUGGAGCACACUGCUGUUGCAGCAUCUCUACCCGUCAGUGCAGACAGGAGCAGCGAGCGGUGGCAGCGAUCAGCAUCUGGCCCAUGCUGCCGACAGCUGUCUGGAGGGGUGCACAGACAGCAGCCCCAGCUCUCCAUGCUGGACAACGCUCCUGACACAGAGAUGCUGCAGGAUCUCUGUCUGCCCUCGCUGGCUUGGGCACCCGGCGCUCCUGGGGGUGCCGGGCUGUCUGGCAAGUGAUGCUGGGCAGCAGCUCUCAGGCCAGGGCACAGCUGGACUCCGCAGCCUGGCGCACUCGGGGCGGGGAGAUGCGUGCGAGGGGUCUGGGCACAGAUGUCACAAGCCCGAGACUCGGCAGCGACGGAGCCGGGAGCCUGUGCCCUUCAGGGAGCCUCUCACCUCGCUGUCCCUCAUCGUUAGGAAUGAGCCGGUCCCAGUGGAGAGCAGGUGGUGUUUGUGUGUGGCGCCGAGGGAAGUGUCCCUGCUCCAGCCUGCGGGUCACAUGUAGCAGGGGCUGGCCACGUGCACCGCUGCUAACGGGCGUGGGAGGGG